AUGUCGACAGACCGGGAUGUGAGUCUUCUGAGUCGAGCGUGCAAGGAUAUGCACAGGCGACUCCUGGCUCCAGAAUCCACUAUAUGGCGGGUCCGAUUCGAGGAACGAUACGACCUUCCGCGAGGCCGACAAGCGAGGGAGCUGAAGCCUGAAUAUCAGACUCGUGCCCUCGUACUCCCUAAGAGGUUGGAUUUCGGACAACCUGAGAACGGGCAGCAGAAUAUUUGGCUCGAGGUUGUCCAAACAAUGGUUAGGGAGUCGACUACUUUGCCGGUUGAAAUUGAGACCUCCAAAACAUAUCUCAGGGUCCGGGAGGUCUUGACACAAGUGGAAUUUUUAAGUAAUCCGAAAAGGAUUAAACCAUCUGACAUGUUCUGCGCAGUUCAAUUGUGCCUCACACCUCUGUCUCUUGAUAUGAAAGUGACCCAGGCGUGUGGUCGAUCCGGUUAUGACAUCGGCACUGUGUAUUCUUUCCAAGAGGAUAUCGAUGCUCCAUUCAUCAGGCAUGAGACAUUGGACCUCAAUAAAUUGCUGCAUAUCCGCAGCUUCUGGCAAAACCAUCUACUGAACUCGCAUGAAAGUACAACUUUCAGUGAGGCAUACUCAAGUCUUCCCGAACAACACAAGCCCAAAGCACGGAAUAUACACGCAUGCAUUCAUCCACUGCCAGAUACAAUUGAGGAGUUCAGCCGCCGAGAAUCUUGUGCAGAUCUGGAGGAUCAUAUACAUCAAGUUGAUGUUAUGUCCUUGGAAAUUGAGCACAUCUCACAUAAAAUAUGGCCAGUGAUAUGCGACAGGUCGAUCCCACGUUAUGACGCCGCCGAAUGCGUCGCCUACCUCCAAGGGUUGCAAAGGAUCCAUGGCGAAAGCGAGCCUGCAAAUCCAUUGUUUGGCUUCACCGAGUCUAUCUCAACUCCCUACGGCGGAUUUGAAGGCUGGACUCGCGUAUGCUUUUGCAUCUGCGAGAACGUGGAUGGAAACGGAGACUCUGUCUUCAACGACGACGACAGCUGGAUUCAUGGGUACGAAGGUGUGAUCCCUCCUGGUGGUGGAGUCAUGUUGGGUAGGUGGCUGGACUUGAAGGACACGAGUGGCCGAGGACCAUUUCUUUUCUGGGACGUAUGA